GUUUGCUUGCUUGCUUGCUGCCAUUGAGCACAACUAUUGCUGCUGCUGCUGUUGAAGCCACUGUCACUGCUGCUGCUGCUAGCAUAACCGGUAUGCCACCAUCAGCGUUGUUAUAACGUUGGCAUCCCUGACAUUGCCACAUGUAUCUCUUCUUCCUGUUGUCUGCUCACACCGACUCGUCUUGACCACAAGCAUAUAUGUACACAUAUAUGUGCAUAUAUACACUUAUAUAGUACAUAUACAUAUAUACACACACAUAUAUAUACACACAUAUAUAUGUAUAUAUUUGCCAAGCAGGAAAAUAGUAAAACUUAUCAUUACACCAGUGUACAUUUUUAUUAUAAAGAUUGGAUCUGUUUGAAAAAUAGACUAUUAUCAUUCAGGCUGUCCUCUUAGCUUAUGUCUCAAUUUUUGGAUUAACAGGUUUAACACAGGUGAUGCAUGAGUAGCAUGCGGACAUGGAAGGUGGUAGCUGCCCUGUUAGGGUUCUGGCUGGUCAUUAUGAUGUACAUGAGCAGCACAGUAUUCCAAAACACCGAUACAUCACAUCGUACAGAACGGCAAUUACGCCAUGCAAUGGAUGAAUUAGACAGACUUCGCAAACAAAAUAUCGAACUCAAACAGUUGGCCACAGAGCUCAAAGAUAUUCAUCUAAAUCCAGUUUCAAAGGAUGUUAAAAGUCUACGUGAACGACUUGAGAUGGCCACCCUUGAACUAAAGGGAUUGGCAGAGAAGAAAAAUGUUUCCUCCAUCUCAUGUUCUAUUACACCUUCAACAACCCAUGAAGAACUUGGGCGAAAAGUAGAAAAUGACAUUGUAGAAUUCUGGUAUUAUUUGAAAUUUUCCAUGAAAAGAAUGCGGGACUUGGCUAUUGGCAAUUCUGUGCUAAUCAGCAAGUUGGACGAGGUUCUCACCAAUGGCCUUGAAUAUAAAAGGACUUUGAUCUCUGAUAUCGAACAACUACGUGGUGUUGAUGGCCUUGACCAUUGGCGGGAGAAAGAAUCGCAAGACCUGGCUGAUUUAGUGCAGAGACGGUUACAGUUUUUACAGAACCCCCGCAAUUGCAAAACUGCUAAGAAGUUAGUCUGCAACUUGAGCAAAGGUUGUGGUUAUGGAUGCCAAUUACAUCACGUGACCUACUGUCUAAUCGUGGCCUACGCAACCAAGCGAACGUUGGUGCUGGAAUCGAAAGGUUGGCGCUACGCCACACGCGGCUGGGAGACUGUCUUCCAACCUGUUAGUGAUAGCUGCACAGAUCGUAUUGGAAACUCCAUCCGAACUUGGGGACCACCUGAAACACUGACCGAGGUUCAAGUUGUGGAGAUGCCAAUUAUUGACAAUGUCUACCCAAAACCAGAAUUUAUUCCACUUGCCAUCCCAGAAGACCUUGCACCACGGCUUCUUCGACUUCACGGUGACCCUGCCGUAUGGUGGAUCGGUCAGUUUGUGCGUUAUCUAGUACGGCCACAACCAGCCCUAGAAAAAGACAUCAAUGAUACCAAAAAACGGUUGGGUUUUCAAAACCCUAUUGUUGGCGUCCAUGUGCGUCGGACAGACAAAGUUGGUACAGAAGCUGCUUAUCACAGCCUGGAAGAAUACAUGGCCCAUGUAGAAGACUAUUACAGACAGUUGGAAAUGUCUAAAGGUCAUUCUAUUGAAACAAAAAAGGUUUACUUGGCAUCUGACGACCCUAAUGUCCUUGCAGAUGCUGUGAAUAAGUAA